AUGGAGAUCGUGAUGAGACCCCACCUGUUGGACCCCGCGCCGCCGCCCCCCCCGCAGCUUGUCGGACUGAGGCUCGGACCAUCUGGUUCUGGACGGGAUCGCUGCGCCGCCAGCCGCUCCGCAGAUGGAGAGUUCAUCAUCAGGGCUCCUCUGGCUGAGUGUGGGAGCAGAGUGACGUUUACAGACGAUGCAGUGUUGUACAGCAACAUGCUGCUGUUCUUCUUCCCUGGCUCUUCAGCUGGUGAGACGUUCAAGUCGGAGGGAGCUGCUGUUCCUGUGCUGUGUCGGUAUAAAAGGAGGUACGCGGUGAGCAGCGGAGCCCUGAGGCCAACCUGGACAUCCGUCGUCUCCGUCCACUCGGCUCAUCUCAGCCUCGACUUCUACCUCAGCCUCAUGACAGCUUCUCUUUUUUUUCACCAUCAAGAUGACUGGAGCAGUGAGAGAAACCCACCUGUUUACUUCAUGAGUGAGAUGGUGAACAUCCUGGCCUCAAUAGACCACCACCAUCAUCAUCACCCUCCCCUCCGCCUGCACGCAGGCAGCUGCGUGGCCACCCUGACUCCUGAUGUGGACUCUCACCCCAGAUACCCCUUCAUAGACCACCAGGGAUGUUUCACAGACUCCCAGCUGAGCGGCUCCGGCUCUCGCUUCCUGCCCCGGGUCCGGGACGACCUCCUUCACAUUCAGCUGGAGCCUUUCCUCUUCCAUCAGGACCGGAGACACUCUGUCAGUGCCAAAUUUAAAUGCUUUAUCAUUUCAGUUCCUGCACAGAUAAAAAAAAAAAAAAGAAAAAGAAAUGUACAUCCUACUAUCCUCCCUGCAGAUUUACAUCACUUGCUACCUGGAAGCUGUUCCCCUCUCUAAGAAGGACCCAGAGAAAAAAGCCUGCUCUUUUAUAACCGGGAGGUCAGUUAGUGUUUGGGAAGACGGUCGUUCUUAAAAAAAUCCAUGGGAUGCAAAACACAUUUGGUUUUGCUUUCAGGUGGAGGUCAGCAGAUGGGGACGAUCAUGCGUGCGAGAACUGCGACAGACCCGGAGAGGCGGCCGAAGGAAGCAGUGCUUAUUUCAUCCACGAGAGGGCGCAGAGGAGCAACAGAGGGCGCGGAC